UUGUACAAAUAUGCAAAGCAACAGGAGACACGAAUACACGGAGAUAAGUGCAAUAUUUUCUUGAAACAAAGCCAGGCCAUGCGGAACGUCACUGCAGUUUUCAACCCCUCCUCGACACCACUUUGAUGGAAGACCGUCGCAAUAAUACAAAGCCAGAAAGGAUUUGACCCCCACCUGCGAGUCCCGCAUCUGAAGCUUCCCUGAGGGUCAGCUCCACCCCGCCCUGAUCUGAGAAGAGGUACCAGUCCAUCAAAGAGGGAAGGAAGCCCAUCUCAGCGACUCAUAGCACUGGUGUCCGAGGCCCGGGCCAGUUCCCUGCAGCCGCUAAAACUACGAGAUUAACAUGGGGAAGCAAAACAGCAAGCUCCGCCCGGAGAUCGUGCAGGACCUGGUGGAGAGCACGGACUUCACCGAGCACGAGAUCCAAGAGUGGUACAAGGGCUUCCUGCGGGACUGCCCCAGCGGCGCCCUCACCCUGGAGGAGUUCAAGAAGAUCUACGGCAACUUCUUCCCCUACGGCGACGCCUCCAAGUUCGCCGAGCACGUCUUCCGCACCUUCGACGCCAACGGCGACGGCACGAUAGACUUCCGGGAGUUCAUCGUGGCGCUGAGCGUCACCUCGCGCGGCCGGCUGGACCAGAAGCUGAAGUGGGCCUUCAGCAUGUACGACCUGGACGGCAACGGCUACAUCAGCCGGUCCGAGAUGCUGGAGAUCGUGCAGGCGAUCUAUAAGAUGGUCUCCUCAGUCAUGAAGAUGCCCGAGGAUGAGUCGACACCCGAAAAGAGGACGGACAAGAUCUUCAGACAGAUGGACACCAACCGUGAUGGCAAAUUAUCUCUGGAAGAGUUUGUGGAGGGAGCAAAGAACGACCCAUCCAUAGUCCGUUUGCUGCAGUGUGACCCCAGCAGUGCUGGCCAGUUCUAAAGCUUCGCUCCAGAAUGCAUUUCACUUUGCAAUUUUAUUUAUUUAAGUCUUUUAUUUCCUUUUUUAUUCUCACAGUAUUGAUUCUCGAUCAGACCCUGUAGUGAGUGAAGGGCAGUGUCUAUGGGCCUAACCACCAGCACCCGGGUACUGGAGGUGGCAGAGGACCAUUCUACUAAGUGUAGUGCAUACACACACACACACACACACACACACACACACACACACACACACACACAUAUAUUCAUACACGCAUGUAAAAUUACAUAAGCAUGACCACCCAAAUAUACAUGCUCCCACUAGCACAAAACAACACACAUAUUUCAAAACUUACAUCCUGUCACAUGUACCCAAAAAAAAACUGUGCAUUAAUAUACACACACGCAUGCACAUGACACAAAACUUUCCAAUAAAGACACACAAGGUCCCUCACACUCAAGCGAAAAGCAGAGCUUGUACACUUACAUCACAUCCUGCCACACAUGCAUGCAUACACUCAUGCAAAACAUACACAAAAUGUCCCAUCCACAUAUGCUCAUACUAACACACACUAUGUUUCACACAGACACACAAACAUACACACACACUGACUAGCACAAAACAUACACAG